UCACCUACGUGCGUCCAUGUUUUGCUCCAGCCCGAGGAGAGAGCCCGGUGUGUUUUCACUGGGAUUAUUAUACAGCUGCAACACCGAGCACCGUGCAUCACGUUAUUUAACAGACGGUAGCCCGGCGCUGUCGUGCUGAAGGAGGACCGAGCAGAGAAUGCCGUCUCUGUCGGAGCAGCUGCAGGAGGUGCGGAGUCGGGCUGAAGUGUGUCUGUACUCUGGUGGCAGGGUGGUGGAGGUUCGGGCUGGGGUAAUGGCUAUGGCUAAUCUACCUUUACCGCCCUGCUCCAAAUACCACCACAUUGCUGCAGAGACCAUCGUCAUAGAAAACAGCUUUGGCAGCAACAGGAAGGAGACCCUUGCAUCUCUCCAGCGCUUGUCUACAGCACUGAACAUCCUGGAAAAGUAUGGCUGUAACUUGACAAAUCCCAACAGGCCAAAGUACUGGAGGACCGUGAAACACAACAACCCCGUGUUCAGGGCCACUGUUGAUGGUAUUCAGGGAGGACGAGCAGUGCUCUGUCUCUAUGGUUACUCCAAUCAGCAGCCAGAUGGGCUCAGCUUCCCCGAUGAUGUCACAGAUCCUGAUGUGGGCCGAGUUGCUGCAGUAACACUGGAAGUGAUGAGCCUGAGGAUGGAACUAGAAAUGCUUAUUAAGGAGGCUCAUCCCCACCCUGAGUUCUAUGAGAGAAUCAUUCCUACACUGAGACACAAGGAUGUGGGUCUCAACACUGACGCUGUGGUCUACCACUCCUCCUCCAUUUCAUGCCAUUCAGACGGUCAGACCAAGUCUCUAGCCUUCCCCCCACACCAUCGCUCCUCCAGGGAGAGCAGCCAUGUCCGCUCCUUGUCCUCCAACCACCAAAGUCUCAGGUCCACUCAGGUCUUUUCCACUUCCUCAAACAAACACCCAGAAAACUGCGCUAUCUGUGAAAUAUUCCGUAUCUCUGCCCACUGCCUCACCUGCCUCCAGGGACUCUGCUCAGAAUGUGACAGACUGUACCACUCCUAUCCUGAGAGGGCUAAUCACCGUCGAACAGCUGUCACAUCAUCAUCAUCAUCAUCAUCCCAAAACAGGAACAGUCACAGUUCUUCCACCUGGCAUUGCCUUCACUGCACUAAAGUCAACUCUGUCCAGGAUGUGCUGUGUGAGGAGUGUCGGCGCCCUCGCUUGGAAUCGAUCAGCUCUAAAGCAGAUGAAUCUCAGCCUGCCACCGUCACUGAGUGGCAGUGUAAGAGCUGUACCAUGGUGAAUGCAACCAGCAGUAUUCUGUGUGAGGUGUGUGAAAGACCUCGUUUGGCCACACGACCUCCAGUGACCCCGUCACACCCACCCAUCACCCCCCCCAGACCAGCAGCACCAGUACUGGGCAUGCCCGGUGACCCUGACAGCCAGUGGGUGUGUCAGUUCUGUACCUAUCUGAACUACUCUCCUGCUACAGUGUGUGAGAUGUGUGACCUGGCUCGUCCAGAGCCCGCACCCCUGCCCGUGAAGCUCCGCCCUCCCUCUCCAGUCAGACGGGUCCCUGCUCUGUCAGUCAAACCCAAAGAGCCCGCCCCUGAAGACCUGGACCCCUGGAGGCAGAGGCUGAUGAAGGAGGAGGGGCAGAAACUGAUUCAACUGAUUAGAGAUGGGGAGAAGAAAGGAGUGAGUCCAGAGGAGGUGUACACAAGCAUGAGGGUAGCUGGAGACAGCAGCAUCCUGCCCUGCAAGUGGUUAAAGACAGAGCUUCCUCUGCUGUUAGACCAGAUCAGGAUGCUGGUGGCAACAUCCUCCCUUCAGUCUGUUUCUGACAAGACCACAACAGAGCACACAAGCAAGUCAUGUGAAGCUCCUGCUGAGGAUGCUGGGAAAGAGUUGGACCCUGCAGAAACAGAGAGUGUGGUCCAGUUGUCCAUAGCAGAGGCCAAGCAGGCCUGGCUGACAGCAGGGGGCGACACAGAGAGAGCUGCCAGACAAGCUCUGAGAGACCGACUCGCCAAGGUAAAGGAGCUGUGUGUGCUGGGCUUCAGUGAUGAGGCUCACUGUCAUGAGGUUUUGAGGCAGAGUGGUGGUGAGGUGAGAGGGGCCCUGGCCCUCCUGCAGCGACCCCUUCUGGAACCCUUUCACAAGCACAUUUGGAGUGACAAGCCCGAGCCUCCUGUAGACAUCCAUCACCCUGACAAACAGCGCAUAUGUCGGAGGUUACUAGCAGUGUACGAUCUUCCUAGCUGGGGUCGCUGUGAGCUAGCCAUGUCGCUGCUUCUAGAGCACAGCGCCCCCUACUCACUGGAAGACGUAGUGCAGGCUGUACGAGAGUCCCACGACAGGGAGUUUAUCAAGAGAGUGCUGGCUAAAGAGUGUCCCAUCUGCCUCUCUGUCUUCCCCCACAGCAAGAUGCAGUCUCUGACGUCAUGCCAGUGUUCAGUGUGUUGUGGUUGUUUCCAGCAGCACUUCACCAUCGCUAUAAGGGACAAACACAUCAGAGACAUGGUGUGUCCAGUCUGCUGGGAGCCUGACAUCAACGACCCUGAACACCUCAACAGCUACUUCUCCACCCUGGACAUCCAGCUGCGAGAGUGUCUGGAGCCAGAAGUCUAUGAGCUGUUCCAUAAGAAGCUGACAGAGCAGGCGCUAAUCAAGGACCCCAAGUUCCUCUGGUGCUGUCAUUGUUCAUAUGGGUUCAUCUAUGAUGGAGACCAGCUGAAGGUUGCGUGUUUUCAGUGUCGCAACAGUUUCUGUGCUCAGUGUAAAAAGCCUUGGGAGUCUCAGCAUGCAGGUCUGUCCUGUGAACAAUACCAGUCAUGGAAGAGGGAGAAUGAUCCAGAGUAUCAGAGACAGGGCCUGGCUGGAUACCUCAGAGACAACGGCAUCACCUGUCCUAACUGUCGCUUUCAGUAUGCGCUGUCUAAAGGAGGCUGCAUGCAUUUCUGCUGCUCACAGUGUCGUUACCAGUUCUGCAGUGGCUGCAACAACCCUUUCCACACUGAUAAUUCCUGUGCCGGUGAUCGCAGCUUCUGCCUCCUUCUGGAUUUCUGCCAGCCUAUCUACCUGUCUCUCCAGCCACACCGUCUUGCCUGUCUCUGUAAUCUACACCACCGAGCCAGACCUUUUGGACCCAACCUGCUCCAUGCUACUGGUUCCACUGACGGUCAGUCUCCACACCUCACUGCCAACUGCACACCGUGGCCAGUCCAGGUCUACACCGCACCACCUGCUCCUUGCCUCAGGGCCGCUGUCUGUCCGGAUCCACACAUCACCGCCAACUCCACACCACAGAUCCGCUGCCAGCCAGCCAACACUCCACCGCCUGCUCUGCGGUACGGACCUGUCUGCCUCUCCAGAUCCACACUGCACUCAAUCCGAGCCAGGCUACUAACCGCUGCUUCAGUCUCCACUCCUGAACCAUCGCUGCUUCCCCUGAGCCGCCGAGAAUGGCGCCGAAGGCUCCACUCAGGAAAACUACACCCCUUCCCACUGAAACUAGAUAUAAUCAAAUAUAGAGUGACUUUGUCUUUAAAACUUCCCCAAUUGUGUUCUGCAUCUGUGGAUUCAAGAAAUGUACACUAUGACAGAACGAUCUGGCCAACAUGAACCCAGCAGACACUAACCCUGAAGAGGCGCCCUACCAACAAGCGCUGACCAACCAAGGUAUGCUUCUCGGACAGCAUGAGCAGCUUCUCCGGGCUCUGUCUGACAGCAACCAGGCUAUGGUCACUCAGAUCAAGCAACUGACCCUCCAGGUUUCUAGGCUAACCACCCAGCUCUCUGCCUCGGUUCCGGUGACAUCAUCCCCACCAGCCUCACCGGCGCCUUCGCUGUCCUCACCACCGCUCCGGGACUCCUACGCCUCUGACCCGAGCCCCUUUUCCGGAGAAGUGACCGGCUGUCGGGGUUUUCUGCUGCAGUGUUCCUUGUUCUUCUGCCAGCGUCCCGUCACAUUUUCCUCUGAUCAGUCCAAGAUCAACUACAUCGUGGUUACUACGGGGGAGAGCACUAUCAUGGGCAGAAGCAACACACACAAGCCGACCCCUCUCGUCACUUUGGCAGAAUUUCUUUAAAUGAUAAAGACAGUCUUUGAUCAUCCUGACGCCUGUUGGACGGCUGGAAGCCGACUUUUAUGGACCACCCAAGGGACCCGUAGUGUGGCAGCCGUGGUGGAACGAGCAGGCACUGUUCAGUGCGUUCAGGAGGGGGCUGAGUGAGCAAAUCAAGGACGAGUUGGCUGCCUGAGACGAACCUGCGGGCUUAGACGCUCUGAUUUCGCUAUGCAUCAGUAUACGCUAUGCAUCAGCAUACGCAUACGCGAACGACGCCAAGAGCGCACUAACCAGUCUCCUGCCCAGUCAUCACGCAGCACUACAUCUGAGACCAUGUAUUGACUAUAGAGGACUCAACCAGAACACCGUGAAAAACAAGUAUCCUCUGCCUCUCAUCAACUCAGCCUUCGAACCCCUCCACAGGGCCACCAUUUUGACUAAACUGGACCUCCGCAACUCCUAUCACCUGGUCCGGAUACGGGAGGGGAUGAAUGGAAGACCACUUUCAACACGCCCCUAGGUCACUUCGAAUACCUGGUCAUGCCAUUCGGGCUUACCAACGCACCGGCGGUUUUCCAAGCACUGGUAAAUGAUGUCCUUUGUGACUUUUUGAACUGUUUUGUGUUUGUCUACCUUGACAACAUCCUCGUCUUCUCCUGAGACCAAGCCAGUCACGUCAUACACGUCCGUCAGGUCCUACAGCAACUCCUGGAAAACAGGCCAUGGUCAAGGCUGAAAAGUGCGAAUUCCACGCUAACUCUGUGAGCUUCCUGGGGUACAUUCUGGAGAGUGGACAGAUGAGGACGGAUCCAGCCAAGGUUAAAGUGGUGUUUGAGUGGCCCAGUCGCCUGCUACUCGCAAACAGCUACAAUGCUUCCUGGGAUUCGCCAACUUUUACCGGAGAUUCAUCCUAGACUAUAGUCGUGUGGCAGCUCCGCUCACCAAGCUCACCUCCUCCAAGGUUCCCUUCUCCUGGAACACUGAAGCAGAUGCUGCCUUAGCUAAACUCAAGGCCCUCAGCUCCUAUCCUUAUCCAACCUGAUCCAGUGCAUCAAUUCACGGUAAAGGUGGAUGCUUCAGACGUGGGAGUUGGGGCCGUACUCUUCCAGUAUUCCAACACCAACCGGCGACUCCAUCCUUGUGCCUUCUUCUCCCAACAACUCACCCCCUCCGAACGGAACUACGAUGUGGGCAACAGGGAGCUGUUGGCAGUAAAAAUGACAUUGGAGGAGUGGCGGCACUGGCUGGAAGGAGUGGAGCAACGAUUCAUAGUCUGGACGGACCACAAAAAUCUAGAGUACAUCCGGUCAGCCAAAAGACUCAACUCUCGCCAGGCACGAUGGGCAUUGUUCUUUGGGUGCUUUAAUUUCACACUCACCUACCGGCCCAGGUCAAAAAACAUUAAGGCCGACGCACAUCCUGCCAAGAUCUUUACCUGGACAACAAACCCGGAACAGACACUAUACUGCCUCCCACCUGCAUGGUGCCCGCUUUGACGUGGGAAAUAGAGUUCGUGGGAAGGGAGGCCCAGAGAGACCAACCGGACCUAGGCGACGGACCUCCUAACCGCAUGUUUGUUCUGGACGCUACUCGCUCCCAGGUGCUUCAGUGGGUUCAUAACUCCUGCUUCGCCUGUCACAUUGGUGUUACUCGAAUGCUUUCUCUACUCUGGCGUCACUCAUGGUGGCCUUUGUGGCCGCUGGUUCCGUCUGUGCUCGAGGGAAAUCCUCUUAUCGGCCACCGGCCAGUCUGCUCCAAUCACUCCCGGUCCCCAGUCACCCAUGGUCCCACAUCGCACUAGAUUUUGUUACCAGACUGCCCCCGUCGCAGGGUAACACCACCAUCCUUACCAUCGUGGAUCGGUUCUCCAAGGCGGUGCACUUCGUUGCCUUACCCAAACUCCCCUCAGCUCUGGAGACGGCGGACCUCCUGACCCAGCAAGUCUUCCGGCUCCACGGGAUCCCGUUGGAUAUCGUCUCGGACCGGGGGCCCUAGUUUAUCUCUCAGGUUUGGAAAUCUUUCUGUCAAGUUCUGGGAGCCACCAUCAGCCUUUCCUCCGGCUUCCACCCUCAAUCUAACGGCCAGACGGAGAGGGCGAACCAGGACCUCGAGGCAGCUCUCCGCUGCGUAGCCGA